GAUACAUGCGAUCGCAUCUUCGUGCAAAAUAAAUUGAUUAGUCGAUGCCUCCUUUAACGUGGUUGACUCUCUAUUUUUUUGUUCUUCUUCAAUUUUAUUUGCAAGGGAUUUUUUUUUUAAAAAAAAAUAAUCGUGAGUGAAAUUUCUUCUUACCGGAUGUGAUUUCGGAUGGCGUCUGGCGCUGAUCGCGUCCUCUGGCCUUGCUACUCCGGCCCAUGCUCCCCCCCACCGCUGCUGCCGUCGCCACCGUUCCCGCCGUUACCGCCGACUCCUCCCCCGCCGGCCGCCGUAAGGAUCGGUACUCACUCGUCUCUCAUCCCCACCCUCCCUAUCGUCGCUGCCACCCUCUUCGCGGCGGCUUCUCUCUUCAUCUUCCUCGCACUCUACAUCCUCCAUCGCCGGCGUCGCGGAGGCCGGACGGCCGCCGCCCCCGAUGCGGACCCCGAGCCCGCUGCCGAGGAUGAUGGCGGCGAGGUUGACCACCACAUCUGGUACAUCCGGACCGCUGGUCUCGACGAGUCCACCAUCGGGGCGAUCGCGACGUGGGCCUACAAGGCGGACGAGGGCGUAUUGGGCGCGCUCCGCUCCAACUGCGCUGUAUGUCUCUCUGAGUUCCAAGACGGGGAGCUUCUACGCCUCCUCCCUAAGUGUGACCACGCCUUCCACAUGGGUUGUGUUGAUACUUGGCUCCGAUCCCAUGUCAAUUGCCCUCUCUGCCGUGCGCCCGUCGUGGCCCUAGUCUCAACGACCAGUGAUGGCGUUCAUGGGGCAAGUGCUUCUUCUUUUUCCUCCCUUGGUUCGAUCACGGAUCAAGCGGAAUCCAGUUCAGUCCCCUCUGGCCUGGUGGAUCACAAUCAGCUAGAUGGCCGGGCAUCGGAGACUGAUCAGGUCGCCUUGGAAGUGGAACCGAUGCUUGAAAGAUCGGAACUUGGAGCUGUUCCUGGAGACCGAAACAUGACCAACCGAUUUCCAGACUCAGAGAUUGAAAUGCCUAGCGAUAUCAGAGGGCAAGGGUUUCAACCUAUUCGACGGUCAUUUUCUAUGAGUUCUUUCCCUUGUGCUCCUUGGCCGAACAGAUUAAAGUUGGAAGAGAGCACGAAGGACGCCAACCUGAGGGCGGCGUUGGUUAUUAGAACCUGGAGAAAGCAAGGCAACACUUCAAAUGGAACUACCUCGUUGCAGAAAGAAUCAGGAGGAUUUCUGUCGAGUACUAGUGAUAGAUUCUUCUCGUCAAAACAUGGACGACAUGGCCGAGCCAGGAGCUUACUUCUCCCACUGUGAUGAUCCUAUGAUUCGACGAUCUUGUCACACUCGUUCAUGGGCAAUUUUAGAUACAGGAAUUCUCAGCAAGUCAGGAGAGAGAGAGAGAUGCCAUAUACCAUUACCAACGUGAAGAGUGGAAACAUAGAAGUAGAACAAGAGCCUUAUCAUCUAAGCUCCAUCCAGUAUGAUUAAGAAAUGGAACAUAGAGUCUUAGGGUGAUUUUGCAGAAGAAAUAAUGGAUGGCAAGGUGUGGUAAAUUGAGCUUUGCUUGUUUUUCGAGUGCCCAUAAUUGUAAAUAUAUGGAUAUAUUCAAAGUUUAUACAGGAUUUACAUGGUGCAAAGUAAUGAGAUAA